GAAAUCUGUACACAAUAAACAAGACUUCUUUUUUCGUUGCGUAAAAAAGUAUUUAAAUUAAAAACUAAAAAAACAAGAAAAAGAAACCUAAAAUUUUUGAAAUAAGAAAAAGUUCCAAUAACUUUUUUGUUAAUACCGAGCACAGUGAGAGUCACAAUGAGUAACGAAACCAAAUUCAACAACAGCUAUGCGUUCGCUCACAAGUUCAAAUACCGGUCUCCUUUGUGGAUCGAAUCUGACACCGAGUCUGAGAGCAAGAGCAGCAGUGGCAGCGGGCUGUGCAACAGUGACGACAGCAUAGGCUGCGCCUCCUCAGACAGCUCCGGAAGUAUCAACAACUUCUUGGAUUCUAAGAUUCCGGAGCACCAUCAGAGUUCAGCGUCGGGCUUCAGCGACGGCGAUAGAGUCGUGGACGAUAACAAUGAUGUCCUCUCCGAUGAGAAGGCCAAGUCACCCAUCCGCUCGCCGCGCCGCACCCCGCGCCGGUUGGGCCGCUCCGAGUUCAGCAUGGAUGACGACGACUACUCGCCCAGCAACUCAGUCACCUCGGUCAAUUCGCUCGCCAGUCUGCUGCGGGAGAAGCUGCAGAGUAUCCCCCAAAAGAUCCGGAAGAAACCGACGGACUAUAAGCUGCGAGCGUUUGUGGGGCUCAUGUUCCUCGCGGUGGUGUUUUUCGUGGGGUUCGCGUAUGUCCUAUACCACCAGCAGGCUGCUACCAAGGCAUACUUCAACAACGUGCAGUUCAACGAACCCAAGAGGCUCAUCAGGAUCUUCAAUGCCGACGAAGUGGAAAUACUUAGAGCUAGACUAGCGGUGAGUCACCCAGGCAAAGGCAAUGUCUACCCCUGCUUGCCGGAGCAUCGACACCAGGACGGCUCGGUGUGCCUCGAGUGGCUGCAUACCUUACGGUUCUACCUCAAGAGUCUGCCACACGAUCCGGGCGUUGAUAACACCACCUGUUUCAAUGUUCACUGGAAAGCGCUUAAACACGAUGUAACUCCCAAUGAUUGUUUUGAUUGGAGUGACACUAAAGCUCACUGGUUUGGCGGCGGACAGUCCAUCAAUUUGACGUGGCCUUUAGACACUGGAACUAUACAGUAUACUCCUUUCGUCACGGGUGAUAUCCAGAAAUCUCAAUGGGGCAAUGUGCUCACACGGUACUUAAUAAACUCAAAAGGAGCAGCCAUCAUUAUAGAUGAAGAAACGCCGCUUUACGUUUCAGUCAAUGCAAAUAGCAAAGAGAUUUGCCUUAUGGCCAAAUAUGACGACUUCGCUUAUGCCAAUAGAUUCACCGAGUACGCAGAAAUGAAAUACAAUAUCUGCACUUCUAAAGAUAUGAAGUCACUACACUCUUCCAUCCACAGCCAUCGAAGUACACCCUUAUGGGAUGGUCUGAAGCCAGCUGAUAUGCAAACCUUAGACUCUCUCAUAUCAGAACCGGUUUGGCAAAUAGCUCCUCGGUUCAAGCACGAAUUACAAGCUGAAACUAUUUCUAAAUAUACAGAGGAUGUUAUAAAUUUGGGCUUCUUGAAACAAGGCCACGUUCUCAUAAACGAAUUUUGGCAGAACGAAAUUGGUGAUCUCACAGUCGAUACUAGUAGAUUUGAAACAUUAAACAUCACUGUAGACAAAUUGCAUAGACGAGGAUUCAAAGUAGCAUUUACUGUACAGCCGUUUAUAAGCACUGAAAGUGCUAAUUUCGGUGAAUGUGUUCAAAAGAGAUUAUUAAUUACCGAAAGGAAUAGUGAUAGGAGAAUACCAGCAUUAACGAGAUUCAAAUCUUUAGCUAGUGCCGGUGUGUUAGAUAUAACGAACAGUAAAACUGUGCCAUGGAUUAUGAAUAAGCUGCAGGCUGUGAUUGAUAAAUACGAUAUCGACUCUUUCUAUUUCGACUUAGGUUUAGCUUAUGAUAUGCCACAUUAUUAUCAAUGCGAGAAGAAACUUAUAAAUCCUGAUCAAUAUAAAACUGUGUUCAUUAAAACGUUUGAAAAGACUCUGAAUGUUAUUGGAGUGUCUUCGGCGGUGUCACUGCCCCGGCCACCUAUUUUCGUUUCUUUGCCGCCGUUUGAAUCUACAUGGGAAGCAAUGAGACUGGUCAUCCCUACCAUGUUGACGUAUGGAAUCAAUGGAUAUCCUUUCAUAAUGCCUGGUGCAGUAGGAGGUGACAUAUAUUGGCCUGGCAGUGAACAAUUUUUGCCGUCUCCCAAAGGAUCUGUGGACGUGAAUUUCACAGACACUUCACAUAACGGAAUAGAUUUGCCAGAAAAAGAGCUGUACAUGCGAUGGUUACAAAUGGCAACAUUCUUGCCUGUUAUGAAAUUCACACAUCUGCCGAGCAAAUAUAACGACGAGAAAGUUUUGGAGAUGGCCAAGAACUUGACGGUGCUGAGACAGAAAUUGGUGACCCCCCUUCUGCUGAAGUACAAGCGUGAGGCGUUGGAGGAGGGCUUACCGCUGGUGCGAGCUCUUUGGCUGCGUACUGCUGGUGAUGCUGCACUGCUUGUGAGGGACGAGUUCUGUAUCGGAGACGAGUUGGUGGUAGCACCAGUACUGCAGCAUAACACCACCACCAGGGAAGUAUAUCUCCCGGCGGGACUAUGGCAGGACGGAAUCGACGGGUCCCUGCGUAAAGGCAACCGCUGGAUGCACGAGUACAAAGUGCCUGUAGACCGAGUCGCUUACUUCAUCAGAAAACCGGACGAUUUACGAUUUUAAACAGUCAAUAAUGGUGGUGGUGUUUCCACUGACGAAGAAGAAAAUGAGUGUAAAGUUGUUAUUCUGUUUAACAUAGAAGAUCUGCUUAACGAUUCCACCACGCAUGAGACCAAGUGUGAGUGGAGAUCAAAUGUGAAGACGGUGCAAGAAAAGUCGGUUGCAACUACUGUAGUGUGAAAUUCAAUAAAUAAAAUAAUAUCCACAUGUUCAAUUUCAGCUCAUUGCGUACAGUGGGGAAUUUAACAAAUCACAAACAAAAUGGAAACGUUGCUUUCAGUAUAAGACAUCGUACAAAAAUAAGAAGUUCUUGUAAUACAGGAAAAUAAAAUAUAUCAACCAAUGAUAAUAUAGUUUAGGAUCGUGAACAUAAUAAUUCCAAGUAUGUAUGCUUUAUUCAAGAACAUGUGAACAUUUUUGUGUACUAUAAUACGAGUAUGUCUUAAGUCUCAACUUGGCAAUGGGCACUCAAGUUUUACUAGUAAAGUUGUUUUUUGAACCUAAAGUGCCCGUCCAAUCAGGUUCAUUAAUCAGAUUAAUUAAAAUUUGGCAACCUGCUAACUCUUGAUAGUGAAUAUUUCUUCUCUGUUAGUUUUUAAAACAAAGCUGAAAUAAGUGCCACUUAAAACUAACGUGACAAACCAAAGAAACAGAUAAGAUGCUCUAGUUAAAAAGAGUACCACAAGAUUGAAAGUUUUCGUACUUUUUACAAUAUUGUGUCAAUAUUUUUUCUAAUAAAAAAACAAAAAAGACAUAAGUUGAUAGAUUAA